CACCGACAGUCGUGUGCAGCGAGCACCUGAGGACGUAUCGAAAGCACGGUUAACUUUUUCAUUUUUCAAUUUGGAUACGUGUAUGUAAUUAGAGUUGUUUAACUGGAAUAAAGAGCUAUUUAAUAUUAAUAAAAUAUAGUGUUUAGCCUGACAUGUUAUACAUGUUUGCAGAAAACUUACUUAGAACGCUAACAAUACUAAAGUGAAUUCAAUGACCCAGCCAGAAAUGGAUGAACUUCGACAACAGGGCUGGUACCUGUCAAAUGAGGGUUACUACCUCGUCGGUGAUUCAAGAGAUACUCAGAAAAUAAUCAAAAAGGCCUUGGACGUGAGUAUCUUGAGAAUAUGAUCUUAGAGAAAUUAGUAGCGGACAAGGUGAUUUAACGCAAGGAAAUGUUGUCUGGCAAAUACAAAAGAUACGCAAUGUGGCUGCGCCAAAAGGAAAUGAAGAAUCACGAGCAACUCCACGCAUGUUGAAAUUGUCUCUAACCGAUGGGCAAAAUAAUUUUCAAGCUAUAGAGCUUGAGCCAAUAUCUUACUUGAGUAUUAACACACCACCUGGUACAAAACUAUUGAUGAAGAAAGGGGUCUUGCCAAUGACGCAUGGUAUUAUUCUAUUGAAACCAUCACACAUUUUAUCCGUACUUGGCGGUAAAGUUCUAAAUCUUGUUGAAAAGUGGGAAAUGAAUAAAAAAUUAGCGCAUCACACCAGAGUAAGGCCAGCGGAAGAAGGUGGACCACCACCCUGGAUUCCGUUUGGUAAAAAAAUAGUAAAAAUUAAUGAACAAGAUAAGAACUUCAAAGCUCUAACAGAGAAAGAGAAAGCAUCAAAAGAGAAUGCAGAAUUUGAGGCACAAAGAAAAGAUGCUAUAGCUGAGGCUGCGAAACAAGGAAACAAGAAAGUAUUUGGUGGUGGAAAUAAACAGUUAUUAGAUCACAAUGUGCAGAGGAUAGUUGAUCAUGGAUUUUCGAUAGAACAAGCUGAAUAUGCUUUAAGAUUGAGCCGAAAUAAUGUUGAUCGAGCAUUAAAAAGUCUUCAGCGAAACGAUAACAGACACAAUAAAGAAUCUGGGGAUUCCAAUAGCGCCAGAGAAGUCAGAGAGCCCAAGGGAAAACGAUUUGAGAAAAAAGUAGAGGAGGGGGGCAAACCAAGUAGUGGCAGGGUCUCCUUAUUUGAUUUCCUGGAAGACAAACUCCAUACACAAACUGAUUUACCAGAAGGAAUGAAGCCACAAGCGACAAGUGAUACCCAGACUAGCAAAAGAACCUUAGAUCGAUUUGAUUCUAGAAGUAAUGAUCCUGUGGGAAGGGGCGGAAGAAACCAACGGGGUGGUGGGCGACCUUAUCAACCUGCACCACGGCAUUCGGAAGAAGCGACAUCCAAUAAGCCAAAACCAAGUAGACCGACUAUUCCUACAGUUCAACACCCGCAGCAUAAUACUGCGAAUGCUGCUCAUCAAAGAAAACCACCUAGGUUCCAGAAGAAUCUAGAAAACCCCAACAGUUCCUAUCAGCAAGAGAGUAAUUACAAAGGUGGCUUCAAUAAAAGAUCUCACUACAAUGAAAAUAAAAAUGGCUUUGCUCCACCUCGACUAGAAAUUGCUACCAGCGACAAUGGUUUUAACAGAAAUCGUCAUGAACAGUAUCACGGAAAUAACUACAAUAAUAAUAAGCCUCAAAACCACUACCAAGGGGAACCAAAGUCUAGAGAAAAAUACGAUUACGAUGCUCACAAUACCAACAUGCACAAUACCGAAUCGAAGCAUCCCAACCAAAGAAAUAAUUCUGUAGAUAACCAUCAUCAACAAAAUCCGAAUGGAAAUUCAGGGGAACCGAAUCCGCGAAAUCGUCAAAGUAGAUAUUCAGUUAGUGCCCCUAAUGGAAAAAAUAACAGUAAGGGGGAUACUGGUGGAUUUGACGAACAGAAGCGAGGUGGCGGCAGCUGUAAUAAUCAAAUGAUGACAGAUCAAAUUGAGGGAACCUGGGUUUGGCAACCUGGGGACAAGUGCAUGGCUAAGUACUGGGAGGACAAUAGGUAUUAUAAUGCCGAGGUAACAGCCGUUUCCCAGAGGACUUGUGUUGUACUUUUCAAAGACUUCAACAAUUUUGAGGAAGUAUUGCAAGCAGACUGUAUACCAAUCACAGUCGAGGAUGGACCUAUAUUUCCAGAAGGUAAUAGAGAACCUAAGCAACAAGAUCAGCGAAGUGAUAAUCGGCAGCAACGCAACAAUCAGGGUAAUCAUAUAACCACAGGAAUGGAGUUCAGGAGAGGUGGGGGAGGCAGUGGAACUGGAACCAGGGGGUAUAACAGACGAAGUCAGCAUCGAAGUACACGACCUAUAUAUCAGCCACCUGGUCAACGCAAUUAUUCUCCAACGAGGAUACAAAAAGAGACGAACUCUGGAUGUUAACAAGACUUGUGUGCUGUCGAUAAAAAUAUUGACAAGGAAAAUCUAAUUGUGAACUCUUUAGAAGAAUAUUUCAAUACUGUCGAAAAGUUAACCAAAGACUGACUUUACAAACAACUGCUGUCAAUAUUGUCCCCUGAUAUCGCUAUGGUAGAGUUGAAUGUGUACUAGUACUUAAAACCAUCGGUUUUUCAAUAGUAUGAUAGAUCGUAAUGCUAACAUGUCGCGCGUUUCGCGAUGAAUCUAAUUUAUUAAUAACUACUUGAUAUAAUUCAACUACGCCAUUUAAUGAUAUGGUAUAAUUAGGAAAUCGUAUUAAUUAUGAAUUUUUGCCGCUUUAGCAGGACUCAGAAUCAUCAGAAUAGCAAGAAUAACAAUAUGUAUAUGAAUAUAUGAUAUCUUCGGAAAUAAUAGUUUUAUUUAUAGUCUUGCCAGCAAUUAAGCGAUAACUCUGUAUCUCGUAUACCUUCGUAUCGCAAUAAUAAACUUUCUAACGUUAA